GGCAGAGAGUUGGUUUAUGAGGCAGUUUUUGGUGAUGUUUGUGGAGUUUUGGGCUUUCUGCCAUGCUGUUCCACAGCGGAGUAAUUUACUCCAGAGUUCUCAAGCUUCAGUCUAUCAACAAUCUGGACAACAGUCUCCUCAGAUGUUUCAGUUUCAGCAGAAGCAGCCACAACAGCAACAACAGCAGCAAAAACAACCACAACAACAGCAACCACAGCAGCAGCAAAAACAACCACAACAGCAGCCACCUGUGCUGAAAACAGAUCCUCUUAACAUGUGUAGUGUUGCUGAUUCUGAUCAAAUCCAAUGUGGACAACCUGGAAUCAGUGGUGCUGAGUGUGAAGCUAUCAACUGCUGCUUUAAUGGACAGCAGUGUUAUUAUGGGAUGUCUGUGACUGUCCAGUGUAUCAGAGAUGGUCAGUUUGUGUUAGUGGUGGCUAGAGAUGUUACACUGCCUCAUCUGAGUCUGGAUUCGAUCCAUCUACUGGGUGGAAGUGAUCCACCUUGUGCUCCUGUUGGUUCCACACCUUCCUUUGCCAUAUACCAGUUUCCUGUCACAGCCUGUGGCACGAGUAUGAUGGAGGAAAACGGCUAUGUGGUUUAUGAGAACAGAAUGACUUCAUCCUAUGAAGUGGGGAUUGGACCUCUUGGUUCCAUCACAAGAGACAGCCAUUUUGAGCUUCUCUUCCAGUGUAGAUAUUCUGCCACUGCUGUGCAAGCUCUGGUUGUGGAGGUCAACACCGUUCCUCCUCCUCCACCAGUCGCUGCUCCUGGACCUCUCAGGGUGGAGCUUAGACUGGCAAAUGGUCAGUGUGUCACCAAAGGCUGUGCAGAAGGGGAUGAGGCGUACACUUCCUACUACAGUGAUGCUGAAUAUCCAGUCACUAAGGUCCUGCGAGAGCCUGUGUACGUUGAGGUGCACAUUAUGGAGCGGACCGACCCCAAUAUUGUCCUGAUGUUGGGACAUUGUUGGGCAACAACAACCCCGAGUCCACUCGGUCUACCCCAGUGGGACCUUCUAGUUAAUGGAUGCCCUUACCAGGAUGAUCGUUACCUGACCACUCUGGUUCCUGUGGUUGGCUCUUCUGAUCUUCCGUUCCCAACCCACUACAAACGCUUUAUUGUUAAGAUGUUUACAUUUGUGGAUCCAGCAUCAAUGGCCCCUCUGCAGGAAACUAUCUUCAUUCACUGCAGUACAGCAGUCUGCCAUCCUGCUUCUGGCUCCUGUGACCAGAGCUGCAGCAUGAGACAAAGAAGGAAUGUUGAUGUCAAGACAUCGACUGAACAAGUUGUGGUUUCAAGUGGGGCAGUUACUUUGGUUGUUUAA